AUGGCGAAGAAUCCCGCAGCUGCUCCAUCGCCCAGCGGCACCGCUAACCCUAAUCCUGUCGACAUUGCAAAUCCCGCCGCCGGGACCCGCGCCGACGCCAGCGCGGACGGAGUCUGCGGUGCCGGCGGAAGCGGCGUGGCGCGGAACGAGCGGAAGGAGCGGAGGGAGCGGAUAGAGUCGCUGGGAUGGCUGACGGAAUCGGCGCUGAUGCCGAAGAAGCAGCGUUUUAUCGAGGGAGUGAGCGCGGGCAGCCUGGUGUCGCUGCGCGCCGAGCUGUACAAGAGCCAGGAGGACGCCAAGCGCGCCAAGGAGGAAGGCGGCGGGGAGCCGCGGGUUAGGCGCGCGGGAGGCGGAGCGGAAGGGGGGCCCGGGGACCUGUUUGGGGGGAGAAACGCGGGGGUUGAAGAACGCGCGCAUAGGCGCACUGCAGCGAAGGGCGCAGAGCGUCGGGGCAGCCUCCCCUCUCUCCCCUCCCCUCUUCCCGACGCAACCUCAUCCCCGCCUCUUCCCUCCCCGACCCCCUUUCCCCGCCCCCCCCGCACCAGGGACGCGCUGCAGUGGAAGGCGGAGAGGGACGUGGCGGGACAUCUGGAGCGCAAGGCAGCCAUUUACGCGCGCCUGGCCAGGGGGGAGCGCGCCGAUGGGGAGGGCGCGCAGGGGGAGGGGGCGGAUUGGGCGGGGGUAGAGGAGAAGUACAGCGUUGACUUCCUGAGGCGGGGCACACUGGAGGAGGAGAAGCAGGAGAUGGAGCGUGAGAGGCGGGGAGAGGCGGCGCUGCUGCUGGGGGGGACAGAGGGGGAUGGGGGAGAUGGAGGGAGGGAUGGGGGCGGAGCGGCAGGUGUGGUUGCAGGAGGGGGAAUGGCUUCCACACAGAGGGAACUGAUCAGGGAGGUGAUUGAGGAGACGCGGACAGCACGGGAGAGAGCAGCGCUGCUGAAGGCCAAGAGGCAGCAGCAGGCAGAGCAGAAGAGGGAGAAGCUUCGUGCUGCCUUCCUCAAGCAGCAGCUGCUGAAGGAGAAGGCAAAGAAAAAGGAUUCAAAACAGGCAGGAGGAAAGGAUGGGGAGGAGGUCCGGGCGCUCAAGUCGACGCUGCGAUUCCUCGUGUCGAACAGCGACGCGGGGUCCAUCAUUGGCAAGGGCGGCGUCGUGAUCUCCGAAUUCCAAACUCAAUCUGGCGCGAAAAUAGUGCUGUCACGCGCGCGAGAAUACUUUCCCAACACCACGGACCGCAUCAUUCUCCUCAGCGGCAGCGUCAGCGCCAUUCUCACCGCUCUCCACCUCAUUCUAUCCAAACUCGCUGAUGAGCCGCGGCGCAACGAGCCGGGCGCGCGGGAGGGCGACGCGGAUCUCCGCAUCGUGGUGCCCAACAGAGUGUGCGGCGCCAUCAUCGGCAAAGGCGGCGCCACCAUCCGCUCGUUCGUGGAGGACUCGCAGGCGACCAUCAAGCUGUCGCCGCAGGACGCGGUGGGGCCGGGAUUCGCGGAGCGCGUGAUCACGAUAGGGGGCACGCUGGAGCAGAAGCUGCGCGCGGUGGCGCUGCUGCUCACCAAGAUGUCGGAAGACCCCACCUACGUGCAGUAUGCUGAUGUGCCGCUCUCCUACACCGGUGCGCCAGGCAGGGGUGGUUACAAUGGCGGCCCAGGCGGUUACGGGGGUUACGGGCAGGGCCAGGGCGCUUAUCCAGGUUACCCCAACCCUGGGGGGUACGGCGGAGCUCCGUAUGGCGGGGUGAGGGGGCCGCCCCCGUAUGGCAUGCCAGGGGUGCCUCCUAACCGGGGCAAGCAGGCAGCCCCACCAAUGCUACCGGGGGGGGUGGUACCGACGACCAUCAUAGUGGCGGUGCCGGAUGACCACGUGGGUGCUGUGGUGGGCAAGCAAGGCCGCUCCAUCAACGAGAUCCAACAGAACACGGGGGUGCGCAUGGUGAUAUCUGGUAGAAACGACUUCGUGGAGGGAACCAGAGACAGGAAGGUGACAAUAACGGGGUCAUCAGAGGGGGUGGUGGCGGCGCAGCACAUGAUCGCACAGAAGGUGCAGCAGAGCAUUGCAGCGAGCAGUGGGGACCAUCACCCCUCGCACAGUGGGGUGGACGACGGGCCGCCGCCUGGGCUGUAG